AUGGAUUCCCCCGGGGGUGAGUCUCAUUUUCCCUACGUUUUUAAAGAGACCUACGUUUAUCUUAGUGUAAAUGAGACUGUUCAUAAAAACGUAUGUAGGCGUAAAACAAUGCCAUGCACCAUUCAACAAAGUUUCGCAUCGAUCAGUGCACCAGCACGACGACGGCAUAGUAGUUUCUGCGCGCAGCUCUGCCUCCUGCCCGAUCACGGAAGUCGAUUGACGAGUUAUGACUCAAGGAAUAAGUGGGGUAAAAGCGGGUAA